AUGCAAAACCAUACAAAGAUAACAAUAUUCAUUCUUCGGGGAUUGACAGAUGAUCCAAAGUUGCAAAUAUUUCUUUUCGUCUUUUUGUUUCUUACCUAUAUUUUGUGUGUCACUGGGAACUUGACUAUCAUUAUUCUCACCUUGGUGGAUCCCCACCUAAAAACUCCCAUGUAUUUUUUCCUUCGAAAUUUUUCCUUCUUAGAAUUAUUCUUCACAAGUGCCUGUAUUCCUAGAUAUCUAUACAGCAUGUCAACUGGUGACAAUACUGUGACCUAUAAAGCUUGUAUUGCACAAGUGUUUUUUAUCACUUUCUUUGGUUCAACAGAAUUUUUUCUUUUGUCCUCCAUGUCCUAUGAUCGCUAUGUGGCCAUCUGCAAACCCCUGCAUUACACAACGAUCAUGAACAACAAAGUUUAUUACCAGCUCCUACUGAGUUCUUGGGUGGCUGGUUUGAUUAUCAUCCUCCCACCACUUAGUAUGGGUAUUGAGUUAGAAUUCUGUGACUCCAAUGUUAUUGAUCAUUUUGGCUGUGAUGCAUCACCACUCCUAGAGAUCUCAUGCUCUGAUACAACUUUCAUAGAAAAGAUAAUUAUAAUAUUUGCUGCAUUGUUAAUCAUCAUUACCUUAGUGUUAGUGGCUCUAUCUUAUGGACACAUUAUCCACACUAUUCUGAGAUUACCCUCUACUCAACAAAGAAAAAAAGCCUUUUCUACUUGUUCCUCCCACAUGAUUGUUGUCUCCAUGACUUAUGGUACUUGCAUAUUCAUCUAUAUCAAACCUCCAGGGAAUGAACAGCUGGCUUUGAAUAAGGUGGUGUCAGUACUUGUGACCUCAGUUGCCCCCAUGAUGAACCCCUUUAUUUACUCACUAAGGAAUAAACAAGUCAUACAAGCAUUUAAGGAUUUGGUAAAAAAAAUCACAUAUUUAUCAAAGGGCAUUUUAGUUUAA